AUGGAUCCAUCAUCAUUAUCAAAUCCACAAGAAUGCAAAGUUACUUCAUUAAAUUUAGUAUUAUCAGUAAACUUUGAAAAAUCACAAUUACAAGGUUAUGUUGAAGUUGCCUCACAAAUUGUUAAAGAAGGUACUGAAAGUUUAAUUUUAGAUACUAAUCAAUUAGAAAUCUCUCAUUGUAAUGAUGUUACUUCAAAUCCAAUUAAUUUCAAACUUUCAGAAGAACAUAAAGUUUUUGGUAAAGCAUUAAUCAUUUCAAUUCCAGAAGGUUUAAGAUCAGUUGGUAAAGAAUUCAUUGUUAGAGUUUAUUAUAAUACCACUGUUGAUUCAAAUGCAUUACAAUGGUUAACUAAGGAUCAAACUGCUGGUAAAUUACACCCAUACCUUUUCUCACAAUGUCAAGCUAUUCAUGCAAGAUCAUUAGUCCCAUGUCAAGAUAGCCCAAGUAAUAAAGUUAAAUAUCAAGCUGAAAUCACAGUUCCAAAACCAUUAACUGCUUUAAUGAGUGCUUUAUCAACUGGUAAAACUGAAUCAACUGAUUCAAGUGUUUUCACUUUUACUCAAGAAAUUCCAAUCCCAACUUAUUUAAUUGCAAUUGUUGUUGGUGAUUUAGAAUCAAGAGUAAUUGGACCAAGAUCAAAAGUAUGGUCAGAACCAUCAAUGGUCGCAGCAGCUGAAUAUGAAUUCGCAAACACAGAGAAGUUCAUUGCUGUUGGUGAAGAUUUAUUAACUCCAUACGUUUGGGGUAGAUAUGAUAUUCUUUUACUUCCACCAUCAUUCCCAUAUGGCGGUAUGGAAAAUCCACUUUUAACUUUUGUUACUCCAACUUUAUUAGCUGGUGAUCGUUCAUUAGAAGGUGUUGUUGCUCAUGAAAUUGCUCAUAGUUGGUGUGGUAAUUUAGUAACAAAUAAAUAUUGGUCAGAAUUCUUUUUAAAUGAAGGUUUUACAGUAUUUGUUGAAAGAAAGAUUCUUGGUCGUCUUUAUGGUGAAGAAAUGUUUGAUUUUGAAGCAAUGAAUGGUUUGAAACAUCUUCAUGAUGAUGUUGAUUUAUUCACACAUAAACAUCAAGAAGAAUUGACAGCAUUAAUUCCAAAUCUUAAUGGUAUUGACCCAGAUGAUGCAUUCUCAUCUGUACCAUAUGAAAAAGGUUUCAAUCUCUUAUGUUAUCUUCAAUCAUUGGUUGGUGUUGCCGAUUUUGAAGCUUGGUUAAAAUCAUACAUUUCCAAAUUCUCUUAUCAAAGUAUUGUCGCCACCCAAAUGAAAGAUUAUUUCAUUGAAUAUUUCACAGAGAAGGGUAAAUCCGAGCAAAUCAGUGUUGUAAAUUGGAAUGAUUGGUUCAAUAAACCAGGUAUGCCAAUUGAACAAGUUGUCUUUGUUUCCCCAGCUGCUAAAGUUGCCAAGGAUUUAGCUGAAAUCACUUGGAUCAAAGAUCAAGGUGUCAAUGCAACCAAAGAUGAUAUUAAAUCAUUCAAAACUCAACAAAUCAUUCUCUUUUUGGAUACUCUCAUUCAUUCAACCUCUGAAAAACCAUUAUCAGUCGAUGUUUUAGAGAAAAUGGAUUCUCUCUAUGGUUUCACCGAUGUCGUUAAUAGUGAAUACAAAUUCAGAUGGCAAACAUUAUGUCUUCACUCUGGUUUAAAGAGAAUUGAACCAAAAGUUGUUGAAUUUUUAAUCUCUCAAGGUCGUAUGAAAUUCGUUAGACCACUCUAUCGUGAAUUAAAUAAGGUUAACCCUGAAUUGGCUAAAUCCACUUUUAAUAAAUACAAAUCUCAAUAUCAUAUUAUCGCUUCAAAGAUGGUUGCAAAAGAUUUAGGUUUAUAA